AAAAUUCGUAUCAUUUAGUUACUACGACUCAAAGGAGGUACAUGACCAAGCAACAUGACACUUAGUUUGUUAAAAACAUUUUUCGUAUCUUGCUUUAUUAUAAAUAUUGUAAGUGCUCUGAGUGAUUUAAAAAAUGAAUACAUAAUCGAAGGUAAGGUUGUAGUUGUUACGGGAGCAGCACAAGGUAUCGGUUAUGCUAUAGCUGAUAACUUUUUGAAAAACGGUGCAAAAGUCAUAAUUAUACUGGACAUAAAUGUGCCAAAAGGUAUACAAGCUGCGAAAGAGUUAAAUUGUAAGUACGGAAAUAACACAGCCGAGUUCAUUGAAUGCGAUAUUACUAAAAACUUGGAGGGGGUCUCGAAAUUGAUUUAUAAGAAAUACAAAUACGUGGAUGUAUUGGUUAACAAUGCAGGAAUAGCUGAAGAAAAUAAACCAAGGAAACUCCUGUUGACAAACGCAGUAGCUGCUAUUGAAUUUUCUCUCAAGUUCAUGGAAAAUAUGAGAAAAGACAAACUAGGUGGAAAAGGCGGUACUAUAAUCAAUAUAGCGUCAAUAGUAGUGCAUUACAUUGAUCCUUUCUUUCCUACAUACAAAGGAACGAAAUUUGCCAUCACGGGAUUCUCACGAUCUCUAGGACAUGAAUACAACUACAAAAAGAACGGUGUGAGAGUACUAACAAUAUGUCCGGGAGUAACAAAUACAACACUGGGUUCAGAUAAUCCCAAAAUGAAUAGUAAAGAUGCGGCAGCUCUUGCUAAGGAAUAUCAAUAUCAAAUUAUACAAUCUCCCGACAAUGUAGGGAAAGGUGCUGUGGAAAUAUUCAAAAAUGCUAAAACUGGUACGUCUUGGGAUGUCGCGAAUGAAAAACCUCCUGUUGAGUCGACUGACACGAUAAGAGUUUUAAAAAUUGGUGAAAGCCUUUGAUAUUUUAUUUUAAAUUUGUAUAACGAUAAAUCAGUUUGAUCUGUUUUGGGCAUAAUUCUUGAAUAAUUCGAACGAUGAUUAAAUACAAUAUUAAAUAAUAUUUAGCAAAAAUGAAUUUAAUUUCAAACAAAAAUUAAUUAAAAAAACAAUUACUUCGUCUUAACCAAUAAAGGUAUAAUUCAUCGGAGAAAAAGUAGCAUUGUUUUCUUAGUAAACCUGUAUAAUGCCACAGUGUCAUAGGGAAAUGUGUUUCUUUUAUGUUGUGUGUUUUCUUUUUAUUUAAUACAUAUUUCAGAAAUUGAAAAAAAAAAAUAUCUAAAUUUUACGUUCUAUUAUUAUUAUUAUAAUUUUUUAUUGCCCUUGUAGGCAGAUGAGCAUAGGAGGUGGUAGUUCUUGGAGACUUUAACGCUCACCACCAACAGUGGUUGGGGUCCAGAACCACUGACCUCCUGGGUCGGGCUGCCUACGAUUUCUUUUUUUUCUUUUUAUUGCCCUUGUAGGCAGACGAGCAUACGGCCCACCUGAUAGUGAGUGGUUACCGUCACCCAUUGACUUCAGCAAUGCCAGGGGCAGAGCCAAGCCGUUGCCUAUCCUUUAAUACUCUCCACAAGCUUCGUUUGAAGAAGUACAUGUCAUAGCGCUCGGGAAACACCGUGGAGGGGAGCCCAUUCCAUAGCCGGAUGGUACGUGGCAAAAAAGACCUUUGGAAACGCACUGCAGAUGACCGUAAUGACUCCACGUAGUAUGGAGGAACUCUACUCCGGUGGCGGGCGAUGCGAUGGUAAAAACGAGAUGAUGGUAUCAUCUCGAAUAAUUUUUAUUUAUUUUUUGUUGCUUAGAUGGGUAAACGAGCUCACAGCCCACCUGGUGUUAAGUGGUUACUGGAGCCCAUAAACAUCCACAACGUAAAUGCACCACCCACCUUGAGAUAUAAGUUCUAAGGUCUCAAGUAUAGUUACAACGGCUGCCCCAUCCUUCAAACCGAAACGCAUUACUGCUUCACGGCACAAAUAGGCAGAGUGGUGGUACCCACCCGCGGGGACUUUCAAGAGGUCCUACCAUCAGUACUUACAUAAAUUAUAAUUUUGCGGGUUUGAUUUUUAUUACACGAUGCUAUUCCUUCACCGUGGAAUUCAAUCGUGAACCUUUGUUGAGUACGUAUUUCAUUAGAAAAAUUGGUACUCGCCUGAGAUUCGAUCACCGGUGUAUCGCUCAACACUAAUUUACCGGACGUCUUAUCCGUUAGGUCACGACGAUUUCAAAGUACUCCCCAUGGAACAUGCGGUGCAAAAUACAGAGGGAAACGAAAUCCGUCUGCAGACCCAGAGGUUCCAAGCGAUCUGUGAGAAUGGGAUUAUCGACAAUCCGAACGGCCCUCUUCUGUAUGGAGUCCAAUGGAAGAAGCUGGUAUUUGGUAGCCUCGGCCCAGAGAUGUGAGCAGUACUCCACGCGAGGCUGGACUUGUGUUUUAUAAAGCAAACGUCUUUAUCCAGGCAUGAAAUACCGCUUCGCUCUGUUAAGGACUCCCAGCAUUUUGGAUGCCAACUUGGCUUUGCCUUCCAAAUGACUCCGAAAUUGGACAUCGCUCGAAAUGUCGACCCCUAGUAUCCCAAUACUCUCGGAAAGUUGCAGGAAUACUCCUUGGAAUUGCGACGCCAUGAUAAAGGUGUCCUUCUUAUCAGUGAACGCGCAAACUUGUGUCUUUAACGGGUUGAAUUGAACCAAGUUCAAUUCACCCCAUUUGGAGACUCGCCCCAGAGAGUUCUCCAUUUCAGACACAAGUUUUGAUCGUCUCUCUUGCACCACGCUCCGAGAGAGACUAUGAUGGUCGAUAUAUCGUGCAUCCCCCGUGCAGCCAUCCGUAUAGCAAUGCAUGCCGUCAAUACGAAGCACUUCAUUGAUAUACAGGAUGAAAAGCCUGGGGGAAAGCACCGAACCUCAUGGAACGCCAGCGUUAAUGGUCAUGGUAUCAGAGCAGUCACCGUCUAAAACGACCGUGAUGCUCCGCCUAUCCAAAAAGCUAGCGGUCCACUUGCAGAGACCCUCGGGGAUUCCGUAAGAUGGUAGCUUCGACAGAAGUGCCUUAUGCCAGACCCUGUCGAAGGCCUGCGCGAUGUCAAGGCUCACAGCAAGAGCCUCACCCUUGCUCUCCAAGGCUUUAGCCCACCUAUGAGUAAGGUAUACAAGAAGAUCGCCAGCUAAGCCACCAUCAUGGAAACCGUACUGUUGGUCACUGAUCAGCUGGCAAUCCUCAAGAUACUUCAGGAGUUGUAUAUUUAUUAUUCGCUCCAUCACCUUGGAAAGCAAGGAAGUUAUCGCGAUAAAACUAUAGCUCGAUGGGUGCGACUAGUCAACCUUCUUGGGGAUAGGGUGGACGUGGGCGGUCUUCCAUGAAGACGGAACCCUGUUGGUGCAAUAAAAGAGGCGAUACAAACGCGUUAGCGCAGGCGUCAGCUCAAGGGCGCACGGUUUCAGAACCACUGCGAGGAUGCAGCCUGGCCCACUCGAUAGACGUCCAGGAGUCAGAGCUCCCGCCUGCCCGCACACUGUAUGAAGCAGAUCUCCGACAUGGAGCUAUCACACCGGGGGGUGUUCGGUGAUGUGGCACCCCCGUCGUCCACAGUCGAGUUCGCGGCGAAGAGAUUGACCAGAAGGUCAGCCUUCUCUUUCGCACUAUGGGCCAGACUUUCAUCGGACUUGCGCAGUGGUGGGAGACUAGACCUGCAAAAAUUUUCUUCUGCAGCUUUGGGGAGCGACCAAUACGAGCAACCAUAAAAUAAAAAAAUCGUAGGCAGCCCGACCCAGGAGGUCAGUGGUUCUGGACCCCAACCACUCUUGGUGGUGAGCGUCAAAGUCUCCAAGAACCACCACCUCCGCAGAUGGGUACUGCUCAGUCACGCGGCUAGUCCCCUCUUGCACAUGCUCUAUCAGAGCUGAACCUGUAUCACUGGUGUGGGACCUGUACAGGCACGCGUAGACUCGGGGAUAACCCCCGUGAUCUACGCGCAGCCACAAGAAGGACAGGCCCCGCUGUUUGAGUUGUUGUUGUUGUUUUAUUAAAAUUAAAUGCUGAAAUACGUUGUUUUUACAUUGUUUUACAUAGUCUGGCCAUAAAUACUGUUACAAUUAAAAAUAAACAAAAUAUUACAUUUGAAUUUGGAAUCUGUCAUUUUUAUAUGAUUGCUCAUUGAGUUUUCUCAUUUUGGCGCCAAUACAUUGUACAAUAUUUUGCGAUAUUAAAAUGGAGUGGGGUGAUAUAGAGAACCGAAUCGCUGUGAUUGCAUUACACAAAGUAGGUAUGGAGCCAAAUGCAAUUUUUAAAACUCUCCAUACGCUUGGUAUUAGUAAAAUGUUUGUGUACCGGGCUAUUAAUAGGUGCAAUGAGACCUCCUCUGUUUGUGACAGAAAAAGAUCUGGCCGUCCACGUAGUGUUCGUACGAAAAAGGUGGUCAAAGCAGUAAGGGAAAGAAUUCGAAGAAAUCCUGUCCGAAAGCAAAAGAUUUUAUCUCGGGAGAUGAAGAUAGCACCUAGAACGAUGUCGCAUAUUUUAAAAGAUGACUUAGGACUUGCAGCCUAUAAGAGUCGUACUGGUCAUUUCUUAACUGAUAGCAUGAGUCAACACCAAAUUUGACUUUGAUUGCAAAGCAUAAAAUUUCGGUAUUUUAGAUCGUAAUUAGACGAAAAAAAUACAUGGCAUGAAACAGUUUGCUUUUGAAUAAAUUGACCACGUAUGAAAAAAAAUGCAUCAGCAUCGUAUUUCCACUUUCGUGACAUUUUAAGUUUUUCUGGACUUGUACAAAACGCCUGAUCGUUGCUUAUGACUCGAGUGCCAUCUAGUGGCACUAUGUAAACGUAAGCACUCCACUCUCAUAGCGCGGUUUUUUUGAAAGUAUUAAAAUUAAUUAAAAUUUAUAAAAAAAUUAAAAAAUGAGUAUUAUUACUAUAACUCUCACAAAAGCAAACUUUAUACCAAAAAAAGGUAUUUUAUUUUCGUUUUUGUGAAUAAUUAAUCGCAAAACCUAGUAUAAGCGUUAGGACAGAGAACGAUUUUUUUUUUUUGUAGAGUUGUGUAAUUUAGAAGAGAAUACUUAGGGUGGUAAAAUCGAAACAACUACUGAAGCGGUACGCAAAGGGAGGUCAUAGAAAAGAUUUGUUUACGGAUGAGAAAUUUUUUACAGUUGAGCAACAUUUUAACGAACAAAAUGAACGUAUUUAUGCUCAAAGCUCUAAGGAAACUUCUCAAUUAGUCGACAGAGUGCUACGUGGGCACUAUCCGACUUCAGUGAUGGUUUGGUGGGAUAUUAGCUAUGAAGGAGUGACUGAGCCAUACUUUUAUGAAAAAGGUAUCAAAACAUCGGCACAAGUGUAUCAAGAUAUCAUUCUUGAAAAGGUAGUGAAGCCCCUUAACAACACCGUGUUCAAUAAUCAAGAAUGGCCUUUCCAGCAAGACUCGGCGCCAGGUCAUAAAGCUUGGUCUACGCAGUCUUGGUUGGAAACGAACGUUUCGGACUUCAUCAGAGCUAAAGACUGGCCGUCGUCUAGUCCCGAUCUUUAUUCACUGGAUUAUGAUUUAUGGUCAGUUUUAGAGAGUACGGCUUGCUCUAAACGCCAUGAUAAUUUGGAGUCCCUAAAGCAAUCCGUACGUACGAUUGGCAGUUAAAAAAUUUCCCAUGGAAAGAGUGCGUGCUUCUAUUGAUAACUGGCUUCAACGUUUAAAGGACUGUAUUGCAGCCAAUGGAGACCACUUCGAAUAAGCUUUUUAUACUUUAAAUUAUUUAUGUAUUAAACUAACACACCGUAAAAGUAAUAAAUGUUAUUUGCAAUA